GCCGACAUAGAUUCAGCAGAGUCUGCGCAUUUGCAUUUGCAAACCCUAGCUGAAUUAGGCAUUCUCUGCUUCUCAUGAUCAGGUUGUAGAUUGGGUUUCCAAGGUAGUUGAAAAUGCAGCAAGUUACAAUGACGGUUGAUGAACAGUUGAUUGAGAAAGCUAUUAGAGAAGAAUGUCCUUGGGAGAGCCUUCCAAAGCGAGUUCAGGCAAUUCAUUCCACUAAAGAAGAGUGGCACAAUAGGAUUGUUGAUUACUGCAUAAAGAAGAGGCUCCAAUGGAAUAGAUGUUUUGCUCGCAAAGUUUGUUAUGAAAGUGAAUAUUAUGAAGAAAUGCUGCGUUACUUACAAAAGAAUCUGGCAAUAUUUCCUUAUCAUUUGGCCGAGUAUGUCUGCCGUGUAAUGAGGGUAUCGCCUUUCCAAUACUAUUGUGAUAUGAUUUUUGAAGUAAUGAGAAAUGAACAACCAUAUGACAGCAUCCCGAAUUUUAGUGCUGCAGAUGCCUUAAGACUUACAGGAAUUGGGAGGAAUGAAUUUAUGGAUAUAAUGAACAAGUGUCGAUCUAAGAAAAUCAUGUGGAAACUGAAUAAGUCAAUUGCGAGAGAUUCCUUACCUCUAGAACCUGUAGAUUUUGCAAUCGAACCGUGGUGGGGAAUUUGUCUUGUGAACUUUUCCUUGGAAGAAUUUAAGAAACUCUCAGGAGAGGAAAUGGCCACUGUAGACAAAGUCUCUAAGGAGGAAGGUAAUUCAUUUGUCCAGUUUGAUCCUGACAUAGUAAAAGCUCUUUAUAGACGGGGACUGAUCUAUUUUGAUGUUCCUGUAAGUCCUGAUGACCGGUUUAAAGUCUCCAGGCUUGAAGGUUUUGUUUCCAACCGAGAGCAGUCUUAUGAAGAUCCUAUUGAAGAGUUAUUGUAUGCAGUUUUUGUUGUUUCAAGUGAAAAUGUAACAGUUGCUGAACUGGCAACAACACUACAGGCUGAUUUGUUGCAACUACAGGCUGCUGCAUCAUUUGUAUGUCGAUUAGGCUGGGCAACCAAAGUACUUGAUCCGGCAUCUAUUCUUCAAGACAUAAGUAUAACUGGUUCUCCUAGAAGUUCUAUUGAUGGCGAAGAUGCUUCUCGUAUUGGUUUGAUUGCUGAGAGUAUGCUCAUUGGCAAUGAUUCCAAUCAACAGGAGGAUGCUUCUUGGACAGGGAACUAUGGUCAUAGUUCUGCUUCUGCAGUUACUCGUGUUGCUCUAAUUGUUGAUGCUAAUAUAACAUCCUAUCUUAUGAUGGGUUCUGUUUCGCCAGGUUUGAAAUCUCAUGCUGUUACACUAUAUGAAGCGGGGAAACUAGGUCAUGCCAGCAUUUCUGAUCUUUGCAAGGAUCUUAGUACCUUGGAGGGUGCAAAAUUUGAGGGAGUACUACAGGAAUUUGCAAAUCAUGCAUUCAGCCUGCGCUGUGUAUUAGAAUGCCUGCUAUCAAGUGGAAUUGCUAAUGCUACUAAUGCUAAAGUGGAGGAAGGUUUUUAUAAGAUGGGUAUUAUUACAUCAAGCAAUGAUGAUCCAAGUUAUCGGAGAACUGAAAUCCCUUUGACUGGCACAGCGGGUGACUCUGGCAUUUCAGAAAGUGGGAAGAAUAAUGAUAAUUUAUUAAACUUACAUUCAGAAAAGUAUGAGGAGGCUUCUGUUACCUCAGAUCUUGUUCCAGGUUACACGGGUGAUGUAUCUCAUCCUAUUAUCUUGCAAGGUGACCGUGGGCAGACACCAGAAUUCUGUAAAUCAGAGACAAAUCUCCUGAAUGAUGAGAAAUUGAUAGCAGUUGAAGGUUCAGAUGUUGAAUCAGAAAUGUUAAGCAAUAAAAAGAAAUAUCGUGUAGAUAUUCUUCGCUCUGAAAGCUUGGCUGCUCUUCCACCAGCAGCUCUUGAGCGUUUGUUUCUUCGAGAUUAUGAUUUAGUUGUGUCCAUAGUGCCUCUUCCUCAAUCAUCGGUUCUUCCUGGACCUUCAGGUCCAGCUCAUUUUGGUCCCCCCUCAUAUUGUUCGAUGACACCUUGGAUGAAACUUAUUCUAUAUUCGACUGUGGCUAGUGGGCCUCUGUCAGUUGUUCUGAUGAAAGGCCAGUGCCUGCGUUUACUUCCUGCUCCAUUGGCUGGUUGUGAGAAAGCUCUGAUAUGGUCUUGGGAUGGUUCCACUGUAGGAGGCUUGGGAGGGAAGCUUGAAGGAAAUCUUGUUAAAGGAAAUACUCUCUUGCAUUGUCUAAAUUCACUUCUUAAACAUUCGGCUGUUCUGGUGCAGCCUCUCAGUAGGUAUGAUCUUGACAAAUCUGGCAAAGUGAUUACGGUAGAUAUUCCUUUGCCUCUAAAGAACUCUGAUGGUUCAAUUGCCCCUGUAGGAAAAGAGUUACGACUGCGCAAAGAGGAAAUAUUGAAGUUGAAUUCUCUCUUGACAGACUUGGCAAACAGAAUGGAACUAUGGACAGUUGGUUUUAUUCGCCUAUUAAAAUUGUUUAAGGGAAGAGAAUCAGACCAGUGUUCAUGCGAUGAAGAUAAAUUUGAAUGGGUUCCUUUGAGUGUUGAAUUUGGGAUGCCACUUUUCAGUCCGAAGCUUUGCAGUAGUAUAUGUAAAAGGGUGGUUUCGUCAGGUUUGCUUCAAACUGGCUCAUUUGGGGAACACCAUGAUUCAAUGCAAAGCAUAAGGAAAAGGCUGCAUGACAUCUGUGCAGAGUACCAACCAACAGGGCCUGCUGCAAAUAUUCUUUACCAGAAAAGGCACGUUGUGGAUGCUUCUCCGCAGCUUAUGAACUAUGCUAGUGGUAGAUUGAACCCGUCUGUGGACCCUCUUCCAAUUUCAGGGGCAUUGAGUGGGCAUCAGGGAUUAAAGCUUGCUAAUCAACAACGCUGCCUAACUGAAGUAUUAAGCUUUGAUGGCCGCAUUCCAAGAUCAAACGCCUUUACUCCUGUUUAUGAGGCUGCCACAAGACCCGUGGAAGAAAUUCCUCAAGCUGAUAUGUUGGAAACUGAAUCAGACCCAGAUGAAAAUGACAGCAAAGAAGUGCUCCUUCCGGGUGUCAACCUCAUUUUUAAUGGUUCUGAGUUGCAUCCAUUUGAUGUAGGUUCUUGCCUCCAGGCUCGCCAACCAGUUUCAUUAAUAGCAGAGGCAGCUGCCGCCUGUGCAUCAAUGGCCGUGGUCAAAAAGAUCUGCUAAUAUAUAUUAAUCCAACCCAAUACCUAUAAAUUGCAACCUGAGCAACUUACUGGACUAUGCUUUUUCUAUCAUAUGCUUUGUGUCUUUGAAUUUUUGAAGUUGGGCCAAUGCCUCAUGUGACAUAGUGACAUGAAAGCUUCUCUACAAGUGGGAGAACGCAAGUUCAACCCCACUAUUUAUCUGAAGCUAUUUGUUUGCCUUGUAAUAUUUAAAAAGAAGAAGAAGAAGAAGAAUCUUUCAAGGU